UAAAAUAUCAACCUGUCUCGAAUCGAAACAAAAAGAAAGCAUCGGCUGCUGGAAGUUGGGAAGAUUGCAAAUGAUCUUCCUUUCCCUGGGUGGAGAACACGGUGCUGGCGGAAGCUCUGUUUAACGUCAUCCCAGCCAUCCUUCCUUCUUCAAAGGCUGUGGAAUAACAUUCAGGAUCGCCACUGGAUGGCCAGUUCCUUGGAAAAUUAAAAUGGCUGCAACAGAGUUGUCUCAGGACCUCCUGACUUUUGAGGAUGUGGCCCUAUAUUUCACGGAGGGGCAGUGGGCUCUGCUGAAUUUGAAUCAAAGAGCUUUAUAUUGGGAAGUCAUGCAAGAGAAUUAUGAUAACAUGGCCUCCUUGGGGCUCCCCCUCAUCAAACCUGAUUUGAUUUCCUGGCUCGAGCAAGACCCAUGGCUUCGGGGUCAGAAAAUCUUGGAAUACAACACAGGGUUUCCUGAUGUGAUAAUAAAGUUGGAAAAAGAAGAGCCAUGGGGUCUUUCUCAGGAAGGGUCUGAGAUUUUCCCAGGUAUAAUCUCAGGAUUCCCGGACAGUGUAAUGAAGCAGGAGCAGGAAGAGGAGCCUUGGAGGAAGGAAUUGGUCCUGGGCUACCAAGGACCUGAGGAAGGCUCAGACAUGGCCGAUGGCCAGCCAGUGGCGGCGGCAGCAGUGGAGCAGCAGAGGCCGGGGAAGUGCGGAGAGAGUGGCCAGAGAACUUGCGAAGGCAAGACAGGGGCUGCAGGUUCCUUGGGGGACUGGACUGUUCGAGAAGCCUGGCCUGAGGUCAGUUGUGGACAGGAGGCUGCUGUUGUAGAUCUGGGGUCAAGGUAUGGCUCCCAAUCUCUACUGGACAGGCGAGAGGAAGGUAGGGGACUCUAAGGGGUACCAAGGUGGCA